AUGAACGUGGCUCACAGUCGAUCGGUCGCAGUUACAGCUUCCGCCUCCCACAGCAAUCAAUCCCCGCCGUCCGAUCGCGUCAGUUCCUACCCACCACAGCAUGCCAUGAGCCCUCCUGCAUUCUCCCAGCCUGGUCCCGCCUUCCGCACCUCCAAUCCGCCCCAGCAAUCCUACCAGUCUCUCUCCAUGACUACCAUGAAUGCCUUUGCCAGUGACGCCGCCAUCAACUCGUCGCAGUCCCCCGCCGGCGCGUUCACCACCGCGCCCGCGGCCGUCGUCAUCCGCCGCCUCCCGCUCAACACCACCGAGGACACAUUGAGGUUGAUGGUGGUAUGGUCGAAAGAGUUCAUCGAUGCCGAGGUCCUCUCUCCCGAAAAGUCCGAGGACGCUGGGUUUCGCGCCGCCGUUUUGCGCUUCAAGUCGCAUUCGGGCGCCCUCGAGGCGAAGAACAUGUUGGACGGCAAGCCGAAUGUCGCCAAUGACGCGCAGAUGAUGGUGGAAUUCUAUUACGGGACCCCUUCUACCUCCAGACGCUACACCGUCGACAAUACUUCCAAUCCUGGCCCGUCCAGCUCCACAUCGUCGACAGCAUCGUCCGGAGGUCCGACUCCCCGCCAAUCGUCCCGGUACAAUGGCACUUUCCAGACAACUCAGAGAGUCUCUCCCACCACCAAUGGAUCAUACGCAGGGAGUGAGCUGGCCGCCGUUGAGCUCAGCGCUCACUACCAGAGCCUCUUUUCCCCGCAAUCCCCCAUCGGAAACCACCUGAACGAACGGACUAGAGUCACUGGAAAAUCCUUGAUCAACAAUGAUUCUGUCGAUGAUGACGAAACCGGAGAGCUUCUCAAAGACCUACUUCCAAAGGACCCGGUAGCGUAUGCUGAAAAUGGGUCUUCAACGGUCCAGAUGCGCCGGCCGACGAACCCCCAGAUCCCCAUCUCCCGUAUGGCCGGGUUGUCUCUCAACACGAGCAAUGCUGCAGGUCCAGCGCCACUCUCGUCUUUCUCGCAGCCGAUGUCGUCCAUUUCGAAUUCGCACCCCAUAUCGCCCACGGCGAUGAGCAGCGCCGGGCCCCCGGCGAGCUACCAGCUUGGUAGCCAGCAUUAUCAGCGGCAUAACUUUCCGCCAGUCAAUCCUGCUGACCAGAAUCCUCCGUGUAACACCCUCUAUGUGGGCAAUCUUCCCAUCGACACGUCCGAGGACGAGCUGAAGGCCAUGUUCUCGAAGCAGCGUGGCUACAAGCGUCUGUGUUUUAGGACCAAGCAGAACGGGCCCAUGUGUUUCGUAGAGUUUGAGGAUGUCUCUUUCGCGACCAAAGCUCUUCACGAGCUCUAUGGCCAUCCUCUCCACAACAGCAUCAAAGGUGGCAUCCGUUUGAGUUUCUCCAAGAAUCCCCUCGGAGUGCGAUCUGGUCAGGGGAUGACAUCCCCAGGGCCAUCGGCAGUUCCUGGUGUUAUGCAGGGUAUGAAUGGAAGUAUGGUUGGCGGACCAGGGUCUGCGUUUAGCACUGCUAACGGCCCUCCUCCUGGCCUUACUGCUCCCCCAGGCCUUGGCCCGGGAAGAAUGGCAUAUGGCAAUAACCCCAUGAACGGCGCCAAUGGCCAGUACACGGCUGCUUCAUUCGGAGGGAACGCCACUCCAUGGAACGGGCCAGUCUUUGCUGGCGCUAUGGCUGCUGGUGGCCCACCAACGAUGAUGAAUGGGGCACACAAUGGAUUCCCUCCUGCAUAUAUGAUGGGAAGAUAG